AUGACCAGGUGGAGUUUGUGGCGCAGCCCUGUAACGCUUCCCCUGUCCUGGAUAGAAGAGCUGCCAGCAUCAGGUGUGCGCUGCAGCAGUAGUAUGCCAGUGGUCAAACAGGUGUUCUCAGAAGGUAGCAGUAUUGUCAGACCUUUCAGAGAGAUUCCUGGACUGUGGAAGAAUGGGGUGGCCAACUUGUACAACUUCUGGAAACUGGAUGGCUUCAGAAACCUUCACCGCAUUAUGGUGCAGAACUUCAACACGUUUGGACCCAUCUACAGAGAAAAAAUAGGUUAUUAUGAAAGUGUAAAUAUCAUCAGUCCUGAGGAUGCUGCCAUUGUGUUCAAAGCGGAGGGCCAUUAUCCUAAAAGGCUGAAAGUUGAAGCAUGGACAGCAUACAGAGACUACAGGAAUCGUAAAUAUGGAGUCUUACUAAAGAACGGAGAAGACUGGAGAUCAAACCGGGUGAUUCUCAACAAGGAGGUGAUUUCCCCCAAAGUGCUGGAAAACUUUGUGCCUUUGCUGGACGAAGUGGGUCAGGAUUUUGUGGCCAGGGUUCACAAAAAGAUAAAGAGAAGUGGCCAGAACAAAUGGACAACUGACCUCUCACAAGAACUCUUUAAAUAUGCUCUAGAAUCGGUGAGCUCAGUGCUGUAUGGCGAGCGUCUGGGUUUGAUGCUGGACUACAUUGACCCUGAAGCCCAACAUUUUAUUGACUGCAUCACCCUCAUGUUCAAGACUACCUCACCCAUGCUGUACAUACCGCCUGCUCUGUUGAGACAGAUUGGAGCGAAGGUGUGGCGGGACCACGUGGAAGCUUGGGAUGGGAUCUUCAACCAAGCGGACCGCUGCAUCCAGAACAUCUACCGGCAGCUGCGUCAGGAGACUGGCACUCCAAAGAAAUACCCAGGAGUCCUGGCCAGCUUGCUUAUGCUGGAUAAGCUGUCCAUUGAAGACAUCAAGGCCAGCGUCACUGAGCUAAUGGCUGGAGGAGUAGAUACAACUUCUAUAACACUGCUGUGGACAUUGUAUGAACUAGCCAGGCACCCCAACCUCCAGGAAGAGCUGAGGGCAGAGGUGGCUGCAGCUCGGGCUGAGAGCCAGGGAGACAUGCUGCAGAUGCUGAAGCGGAUUCCUUUGGUGAAAGGAGCUCUGAAGGAAACGCUGAGGUUACACCCGGUUGCAGUGAGCUUGCAAAGAUACAUAGCAGAAGAUAUCAUUAUUCAAAACUACCACAUCCCAGCUGGGACUUUGGUUCAGUUAGGACUAUAUGCAAUGGGGAGAGACCCCAAGGUGUUUUUUCGUCCGGAGCAGUAUCAGCCUUCCCGCUGGUUGAGGACAGAGACGCACUACUUCAGAAGCCUGGGCUUCGGAUUUGGCCCCCGUCAGUGUUUAGGACGCAGAAUAGCUGAGACAGAGAUGCAACUCUUCCUUAUCCAUAUGCUUGAGAACUUCAGAGUGGAGAAACAGCGCCAUGUGGAAGUGCAGAGCACCUUUGAGCUCAUUCUCUUACCAGACAAGCCUAUAAUUUUAACUUUGAAACCUCUACAACACCAUUUUUGA